UGCUCUUAGCGGCUCAGCUGAGCGGUUUGUUGGUUACUAUAGUUAAACUUUUAAUUUAAAAAUGAACGUAUUCAGUAACGUUUAAUAGCUCCGGCGCUGGAACUGAGGUGUUGCCAUCAGCUCGUAUCGCACUAAUUGGAAAAACAUAAAUAAUUUAUUCAAAAUGCGUUUUGUACGGCGGGGAACUGUCCCCAAGAUUGCAGCAGGUUGCUGUGUAGUAAUUGUGAUGGUGACUUUGUACAUAUUAAACGACGAGAGAGAUUUGGAUAAAACUGUUAAAAUCGAACUUAUCGAGCGCUCCAUAAGAUCGGUGGUCAAUCAGGGCGAGUGCCGCCAUCCCCACCUCCCCUUGGAAAAUCCGGAUAUUAUGAAGUUCUACAAACCGGUGGAGCGAAUCAACUGCGGUGAGGGAAUGGAUUGGGUCAUGUGUGAGAAAUCUAUUUGCUUUGUACGCCCGGAAAUUGCAUCUAGCCACGAGGAUGUGACCUGUUCCUAUACAGACAUCAUCCGCAAGUCGGACUAUAAGGUGCGAUUCGGACGGACGCUGCGCAUGAAGGAGCCCUAUGUCCUGCAGGCUAGCGACUUUGUCAAGGUAGCCUGCCGAUCCUCCAGCGGCGAGAGUUGGUUUGGCAUGGCCCAUGGGAUAAGGGACACUGUUCCUCGGCCUAUGGCCCACAAUUUCUCACCCAAUCUAGCUGUUUUACCACCAGAGGCUGUGGCCCAGGCUCAGCAACAAAUGCAGGACUUGCCUACAGCCUCAUUCUACAAUGUCCUCAUGUUCGGAUUUGAUUCCCUGAGCCGAAAUGCUUUUAUACGCAAACUGCCCAGGACUUAUGAAUAUUUAACUCAACAGCUAGGCGCCACGGUUCUCAAGGGAUACAACAUUGUAGGCGAUGGCACGCCGCAGGCUUUGGUGCCCUUACUCACGGGGUUCACGGAACUGGAGUUGCCAGAGACUAGGAAAAGGUUAUCUGGAGCGGGUAGCGUCGAUUCGUAUCCCAUGAUUUGGCGAGACUUUGCCCGCCUAGGUUAUAUGACCUCGUUUAACGAGGAUUUGCCCAAUGUGGGCACCUUUACAUACCGAAUGACUGGUUUUGAAGCCCAGCCCGUGGAUCAUUACCUGCGCACGUACUAUGUGCAGUCGGAGCACAUGGCCUCCGAAAGCCAGCCCAAUUGCAUUGGCCACCAGCCAGAUCACGUCACCAUGUUGGAGUAUACAAAAAAUUUUAUGCUGAAGUAUCGCGAUGCACCGCGCUUUGUCUUUAGCUUUCACGGAGGCCUAUCCCACGACUCUAUAAACCUGGUGGGCGCGGCGGAUGAUGAUGUCCACGACUGGUUAGUAGCGCUAAAGGAGCGGUCGCUGCUGGACGACACCAUUCUAAUAAUGAUGGCUGAUCAUGGCAAUCGUUUUGCUGAGGUGCGGGCCACCCUCCAGGGCAAGCAAGAGGAGCGAUUGCCGUUCUUCAGCUUCACUUUUCCGGAGUCUUUUAAAAAGCGCUUCCCGCAGGAAUACAAAAACUUCCUGGCCAACGAGCAGCACCUGACCACACCAUUUGAUAUACAUGCGACACUGAAACACAUCAUACAACUCCAAACCACUGCCGGGGAAGACCAGUUGGGAGAAAGCACCGAUUUGAAAGGCGAAACCAGCAAGCCCGACAUUCACAUCUCGGAACUAGCUAAGGGACGCGCCAUGUCGCUGCUCGACCCCAUCCCUAGUAAUCGCUCAUGCGCGGAUGCAUAUAUAGAACCCCACUGGUGUGCUUGCCUCAACUGGCUACCAUUGCAAUUGAACGACACACGGUACACGGGCAUUAUUCUCAAGGCCGCCCAGAGCAUUAUCAAUGCCAUAAAUACAGCCACGGUCGAGCAACGACAGCUCUGUGCACCUCUACAGCUACUUCGUGUAAAUUGGGCGUUACGUCUGCAACCACACAAGGAGCUGUUACAAUUCAAGACAAACAGCGACAGGGACGGUUUCCUUGCGGACAUGACGGGUCAAACGGUGGUCCGAGAUGAGAUGUACCAGCUCCAGUUGGUUACGGUGCCCGGCGAGGGGCUGUUCGAAGCGAGUGUGGCUUACAACCUGCACACGUUUAGUGCCACAACGAAACUCACAGAUAUUUCGCGUGUCAACAAAUACGGAAACCAGGCCCGAUGUAUAUACGAUCGCGACCCUGAACUGCGAAAAUAUUGCUAUUGCCGCGACUAAUUCGCUGUCACAAACCUAGUCCAAAAAAAGAACUGCUAAGCAAUCAACUCGAAUAGAUUUUUGCACUGUUUCCAAACUUUUGCACUCUCGUAGCGCUUAAGAGAUUUUCCCAAAGACUAGCGUCACUGUAUUAAGUUAAAAGAUCUGCCUCAGUUUGUAAUAUAGGUUCCUUUAAUCAACGAUAGUAUUGUGUUAAUAAAAAAUACUUUUUGUAUGUGUGAAGAAAAUAAAAAGUCAACUCAAGACUGUUGAGUAAUUCCAUGGUCUGAGCAAUUAA